CUUAGGAAGAGUGAAUUUAUUUGGAAUUCAGCCACAGAACUCUGUGUUUAUUCCGCAUAACUGUUCCUUUAUCGUCGUGUCAGUUCGUUUCUUUUCUAAUAAGCCUUUUAAUAAAGAUUUUUAAUAAAGAAAGACAACGAAAUAAUUAUAUUUUCAGUUUAUUGAGCACUUAUGAAACGCAAAGCGCCUUUUUAGAGUUAUUUCAGAAGCACAACGUCUAUGUUUCCGACCGGUUCCUAAUAACGGUUGGACACAGGGUGCAGGCUGCUUUGUGGUCCGUAAUGGAAGCCGGUGUUUGGAGAGAGUAUUAGUUGGUGUAUUUGGUAUUUGCGAUGGCAGAAACACAUGAGAGAUCUCCAUCUGUGAUUGAUCGCUAUUAUACACGAUGGUAUAAAACAGAUAUGAAAGGAAGAUCGUGUGAAGACCAUUGCAUCCUACAGCACUCAAACAGGAUCUGCAUCAUCACUCUUGCGGAGUCUCAUCCCAUCCUCCAGCAGGGCCGCAAAAUCAAGAGCAUCGAUUACCGUAUCAGUGACGGAUGCAGCCGCCUGAACAACAAAGUAUCUGGCAAAUCAAAGCGAGGUGGUCAGUUCCUGACAGAGUUUGCUCCGCUGUGUAGAAUAACGUGCACAGAUGACACUGAGUACACCAUCUUCAGCUGUAUCAGAGGACGCCUCUUAGAAGUCAAUGAAGACAUCCUGAAACGUCCUGAUCUGCUGCUGGAGAAGCCCUCCACUGACGGCUACAUAGCAGUCAUCUUACCCAAACUGGAAGAGAGCAAAACCAUCACCAAAGGCCUUCUGACCAGAGAACAGUAUGAGGACAUUGUCUCUAAACGAAGUACUCAACCGCAAGAGUCUCUCUGAAAUCAACGUUACACAAAUGACCUCAGCAAAAAAGAAAAAAUUUAAGAUGACCAAGACUAAAGAACAUUUUCAUUUGAUCCAGUAUAUGUUUAUUUUUAUUACUAUUUUUUAUUACUAUUAUUUAGUUUUGUACUGGAUACAAUAAUAAUAAUAAUAAUAAUAAUAAUAAUAAUAAUAAUAAUGUAGCCAACACUGACUUGUUCCACCUUUUUGUAUUGGGGCCAAAUAACUGAUUUAAAUAAUUUGAAAUAGUUUGAAAGAUCUGACUAGUUAGCAGGAUCAGACGUUUAUUUGGACUUGCCAAUGUUGGGUCAAUUUGGUUAUUACAUGAUGUGUAUAUUACCAUAUUUGCGCGCGCACACACACACACACACACACACACACACAAGAUUUUGUAAAUACACAAAUAAAGGACACUGUCCACAAUUUAAGAAAAAUAAUGUAUAUUUAGACUUUCUUUGUUUAACAAUCAUUCAACUGUCAAAAGGAUCCAAAUGGUCCAAAACUAGUUUCACUCAUGUUCAUAGUUUCUCAGUCAUCACUAAAGCUUACAGUCUGACUGCAGUGUUCAUGAAACGACAAUUACGAGCGUGUUCUGAAACUUCACACAUGAACAGAUACGUUUUGGACACUUCACUCAGCUUCCAAUCAUAACAAGUGAGACGUGAGGCAGAGAGGAAACGCAAGAUUGUGCCGUCUGAACCACUCACUCCAAAGCAGUCAAGUGUUUUGAUUUUCAGAAAGUCUUCAUCCUGACCGUUUGGAGUUACUGUAGCAGAGCUCGGCAUAUUUCAUGUUUCAAGUAACAGUAUGAAUCACAGUGACCUACAGGACAGUCCAUAUGAGGAGGCAGUUACUGUCACUACAAUUACACAAACAAAACUUCCUUUUAAUACCAUAAAGAUCACUUUUAUACUAAAGUGACAUUCUUCAGCACUGCUUUGCGGGAACACAGUAAUUUUCGGCACGUUGGAAACAUGAAGUCCGUGACAUGGUGCCUCACGUCCUGGUGCUGACAGCCUGAGAGACGACGGAAACUGGACGUAUUUGGCGUCAACGUGUAAAUGAGGCAGAUGCAUUAAAUACAGUGUGUCAGUGUCCUACACUAAAACAACCGAGGAGGAUUUCACUUAUAAUUCAAGCUAUUCUGUUAACACUAUAUCACUUAGUGAAAAAUAUAGACUCCGUCUUAGCGGUAGCUUUUUUAACAGUAGUAAAUAGCAGGGCAGUUUGGAAUUGACC